GACACAUGUUUUUCAGGUCUCCCAGGUCCCCCCGGUCCUCCGGGGCCGAGAGGAGAGAAGGGAGAUCGGGGACAAAAAGGAAAGAAGGGAAGACGAGGAACCAAAGGAGAUAGAGGUAUUAUGGGAUCACCAGGAAAAAACGGGAAGCAAGGAAUCAUGGGACCUGCGGGACCCAAAGGUGAUCUAGGACUCAAAGGGCAAAAGGGAGACGCAGGGCCCGCUGGCAUGCCGGGAACGAAAGGAGAGCCUGGUGAAUCAAUUUCAGCUCCUGUUGUUGCUGUUUCCCCAACAAACCUGACUGUAAACGAAAGUGGAACAGCUUCAUUUCAGUGUUCAGUGAGCGGUAACCCUGAGCCUGCAGUAGUGUGGAGUAAAAGGGGUAACCUUUCUGAAGUAAGUGAGUCAGCGGUUUCAAAAGGCAGAUUGCUGUUUAAGAAUGUAAAAGCAAAUGACUCGGGUGAAUACCAAUGCUCAGCUACAAACAUCUUAGGACAUGUGCAAACACUGGUGCAGCUCGUUGUAAAUGGUGAGUUAAUAUAAAUUAUCAUCUGGUAAAGUUUCACUCCAGAAGAUGACGAAUACACUUAUCAUGUCAUUCACUUGGACUUGACAGUUUGUUUCUCUCUUUCUUUCUAGUCUAGUUUCCCUUGUAACAGUGGUAUGUUUAUCCCAGUGAUAGGUGUAACCCGGAUAGGGAUACAAUAAACACUUAUAGUAUCCGGCCGUAACCGCGACGCUAGAAUGUUUUCAGUUAGAUUCUUAAACACCGUAUCCGACAGACUCGGCUCAGUUCUCACUUACCUCCAGGGCUGUGUAUUUGACACAAACCGCAGUACGCGGUAACGCGGGGGAUACACAUAUAACUGAACCCGAUCUUGCUGAAGGAUAUUUCUUCAGUCACGAUCAUCUAACAGAACUGCUAACACAACCACGAAAUCCAGAGAUCAAACCAAAUGAGAAGGUGGAAUAUUGUGGCGCUCUCGGGGGAUACACAUGUCCCUGAAUCAGAGCAGAGAUAUGUGUAUCCCCUUCUCUUGCCGAAUGAAAUUACGUUCAUAACUUAUUUAACACGACCAGUGACAUAUAUAAUCAUGUUGGAUGAGAGGAGCGACAACGAGUGUUUACAUCAACAUUGCGGCACCCGAAGAAGUGAACUCGCCAGAAGUAACUUUGCAAAUUUUGUCUCGAAUGGUUGCUCUUUUGUCGAUUAUGUUGCUCAUAAUCUUGAAUCAUUUGUAGUCCCCCUUGAUGCCGAUUCGCAAAAUUCACAACAACAAAAAAAAAACAACAACGGAAAUAAAACCGUGAAAAUAGUGGCCACUCGAAAAGAAGAAAUCCGAACUCUCUCAACAUGGAUACAUACUAACUUAUGACCUUCUUCUCUCCGUGUUACUAAUCCAGAUGUUCUAACACUGAGCUGCCGAAAACUCAGAAAAUGGAGGGAAACUACGCGUUGGUCAUACCUCAAAAUUCGACAUCCAGAAUUUGAUUUAUACAUUAAUGAUCACAUUUCCCAACAACUAAAGUUCAUUUUUUUUUUAAUUUAAACGUUCUAUUAAAAAACUGUUAAUUUCUUUGCAUUCUUUCAGUUCAUCCUCGAGUUUCUCUCCACUCGGGGCCUCAUUACGCUAUUGAAGGCACUAACUUCACUCUUCCCCCCUGUCACGUGACUGGUUACCCUGCACCAGUGGUCAUUUGGAGAAAAGCAUCAGGUCGGUUGCCCCAUGAGAGGGUGAAGUAUAACAACAGUAGCUUACAACUUUUAAAUGCUCGAAAAAUAGAUUCUGAUUGGUAUAUCUGUUCAGCAACAAACCUGCUUGGAAUUUUUGAAAGGAGAACACUCGUAGUGAUUGUUUCUCAUCCUCGAUUUACUGUUAAGCCACCUUUGAGCAUUGUUGCGGUGCUUGGAGACACUUUGACACUUAAUUGUAGCGCAACUGGUGACCCUCAACCAGUUAUUAGCUGGAGGAAACAAGGAGGUCAUCUGCCAGUUGGAAGGAACCAGCAGAUUAAUAGUGCGUUAGUGAUUAGAGACAUUACAAAGAACGAUACAGAGUAUUACAUAUGUGCCGCAACCAGUGCAGGGGUGUUUGACGUGGAAACUCUGACUUAUGUUCAAGCUUAUGUUCCGCCAAAAGGUCAGUUAUAA